CUCGGAGCUGGGCAAGAUGUCGGAAGAAGUUGUGUCAUUGUUACAAUUGGAAGAAAAACAAUCAUGUUUGAUUGUGGUAUGCAUAUGGGAUAUAAUGAUGAGAGAAGAUUUCCUGAUUUUAAAUUCAUCUCAAAAAAUGGACAAUUCACUCAAACAAUUGAUUGUGUGAUUAUUUCUCACUUUCAUCUUGAUCAUUGUGGUGCUUUGCCAUAUUUUACAGAAGUUUGUGGUUAUGAUGGUCCGAUCUAUAUGACUUAUCCAACUAAAGCUAUUGCUCCAAUCCUGUUAGAGGAUUUUCGUAGAGUGAUGGUAGAUAGAAAAGGCGAUAAUUUAAAUCAAGGAUUUUUCUCUUCGGAAGAUGUAAAAAAUUGUAUCAAGAAGGUUCAACCACUCAAUUUACACCAAACAAUAAUUCUAGAUGAUGAAUUGGAAAUUAAACCAUAUUAUGCUGGACAUGUUUUAGGAGCAGCAAUGUUUUACGUCAAAGAUUUGGCAACUGGGGCUAGUGUUGUUUAUACAGGCGAUUAUAACAUGACUGCUGACAGACAUUUGGGAAGUGCUACAAUUGAUAGAUGCAGGCCUGAUUUAUUAAUUACAGAAACUACAUAUGCUACCACAAUAAGAGAUUCAAAAAGCAGUAGAGAACGUGAUUUUUGUAAACAAGUGUAUGAUACCGUUGUAAAUAAGAAAGGAAAAGUCUUGAUUCCAGUAUUUGCGUUGGGAAGAGUCCAAGAAUUAUGUAUUCUAUUAGAAACGUAUUGGGAACGAAAAAAUCUUGGAAAGAGUGUUCCCAUUUACUUUUCUGCUGGUAUGGUAGAAAAAGCCAACUAUUACUAUCAACUUUAUAUUAAUUGGACAAAUGAGAAAAUCAAAACUACACUCUUUGACCAAAAGCGAAAUCUCUUCAAUUUCAGUAAUAUACAAUCAUUUGAAAGAUUUUUAAUGGAUAAUCCUGGACCUAUGGUUUUAUUUGCAACUCCUGGUAUGUUACAUGCUGGUAUGUCUUUGGAGGUUUUCAAGAAAUGGGCUCCUGGUGAAAAUAACAAGGUAAUUUUGCCUGGUUAUUGUGUUGAAGGAACUGUAGGAAAUAAGGUUUUACGUAAUAAGGAUUUAAAAUCUUCUAAAAUAGAAAUUGACUCUAGGACAGUUAUUGAUAUGAGAUGUGAGGUAAAAGCCAUUUCAUUCAGUGCACACGCAGAUGCUAAAGGUAUUUUACAAUUGAUUAGAACUGCUCAACCAAAGAAUGUCAUGUUAGUACAUGGAGAACGAGACAAGAUGGCGUUUUUCAAAAAGAAAAUUGAAUCUGAAUUUAAAAUUCCUUGUUUUGAUCCACCUAAUGGAGGUACAAUCAAAAUCAAAACAACAUCACAAGUC